CUGAAUGAUUUAGAUCUCAAUGGAGGCUGGCAGUGGGCUGACUCCGCCCCUCUCAAAUAUCUAAACUGGGAAACAGAAAUGCCAAGCUAUGAUGAGGAGGAAAACUGUGGAGUGAUCAGCACCGAUGCUCAGGGUCGCUGGCACAACCGGGACUGUUCAGUGGCUCUGCCUUACAUUUGCAAGAAACGACCCAAUGCCACACUCGACCCCUUCACCACAGACUCCUGGGCAGAUGACAGGCGGUACCAGUGUAAUGUAGGCUGGCAAAACUUCCAGGUGGGCUGCUAUAGGCUGAACUCAGACAACCUGGACUGGAGCUCUGCCCACAAAAUGUGUCAGAAGAUGGAGGCUAACCUUGUUAGCAUCCACACCCUCCCAGAGCUUGAAUUCAUCACUAAGCAUAUGAAGAAAGAUAUAGAGGAGUUAUGGAUUGGUCUACAUGAUACAGCUAUGCAGAUGAACUUUGAAUGGACAGAUCACACUCCAGUCAUAUUCACUUACUGGCAUCCAUUUGAACCCAACAAUUUCCGAAAUGUUAAUGAGGAUUGUGUCACCAUCUGGGGGCCUGUAAUUUACCCUGCAUCUGAGCUGCUCAGCCGCAAGCGCUGGAGACACAGCCAGAUAUUGGCAGACCAGUUCUGGAGCUGUUAUCUGCGUAACUACCUGCCCGGACUCCAGUCUCGCCAGAAAUGGCAACAAGAGAAAGACAACCUGACAGUAGGGACAGUGGUUAUGAUUGCUGAUCCACAAUUCCCCAGAGCACUCUGGCCCAUUGGGACUGUGAAAGCUGUCCAGGCCGGAGCUGAUAAUAAAGUAAGAGCUGCAGAAAUCCAGGUCAAAAACAGAACCUACAUCAGACCUGUUGUCAGACUUAUUAAGCUCCUUUCACUCCCUGAAUGA